GAUGACCUUUCAUUUGUAAUUUCAAAAAUAUGUAACGGUCCAUUAAUGUUCGACAUUAUGGCGAAUGUUAUUUAAUUAUUUAAACGGAACAUUUUUACGGUUUUAUAAUGUUGAAGUCGGUGCGUGGUUUACUUCGCGGCGUAAGGCACGCACGAUAAUGUCUGCGUCCAGUUUAAAAUCCCCCCCCCUCCCCUUUGUUUUGUCUGUAGUGGUUGGCAGAAGUUUUAGCAAGAUUCAGACGCCAAAAUGGAGUUGGGUGUGUUGGACAUUGAACAGGUAAUUCUGGGGGAAGAUGUGAUGACCAGUUCCACAACGUCUAUAAAAUCCCAGACCGUCCCUGCUCCCCAACCUUAUCAACACGACAGCCUGCAAUGUUUUCAGUGCUUCAUCACAUUCUGUAAUCCUAAAUCUAAGGAAAGGCACAUGAGAAAAAGCCACCGUGAGGAAUACAAUCAGUCGCUCCAGCAGACCAAUACACUUUUUACCUGUUAUGUUUGCGAUCGUACCUUCCCCACUUCGGAAGAGCUGACCCAGCAUCAGGCCUCACACAGUCUUGAAGACAAGCCCUUCCGCUGCCCCCACUGCCAGACAAGCUUCCGGACCUUCUCUGAGUUAACAAUCCACCGCCGAACGCUGUGCAAGGAGAGGCAGUUUGUGUGCAAGGACUGUGGCAUGGUAUUCCGGGGCCCAAACCAGUUACGCACUCACCGUCUCAGCCAGCACUCCCAUCCAUUGGAAGAAGAGGAUGAUGACACCAAAACUCACCGUUGCGGCAAGUGCAGACGUGGCUUUGAGACUGAGGUGGAACUAGUGAUGCACCAGGAGAACUUUGCGGGCGAACAGCAUUGUGAUGGAAAGUUAAAAAAACGAGGCCGCCCUGCCAAGAAAGUGACUGAGUCUGAGGGAGAGUCUGCUAACGGAGAGAAAAGAGUGCACCCGAAGGAGAUACUUCAGAUACCCUGUCCUGAAGCCGAGUGUGACCUCACAUUCUCCUCGGUGGCCCUGCUCAGAGCCCACAAGAAGGAAAAGCAUGGGCGGCCACCUCCGACUCGUAAAGCUCACUCUUGUUCAGAGUGUGAAGAGAGCUACGCCCGGCCAGAGCAGCUGAAUGCCCACAAGGCUAGGGCUCACAGCUCCGGCCGACACAACUGCCCUACCUGCGGUAAGAGCUUUGGCCGAGAGAGCAACCUGAAGGCACACCUGAAGGUCCACACUGAGGACGAAGAGGCCACAGAUGACGAAAAGAGAUAAUCUGGAGAUUGUCUUUUAGAGGAUUGUCAUCAUGGACAAUUCAUGUGAUUUAUUUAAUUUCUUUAAAAAAAAAAAUAGAUAUAAUUUGGUGUAAAUGGGUGUCUUUUAUUUUCAAAUGUUGAACUAGUGUCUGACAGCCCAUUAUUCAAAAGCUCUGUUGAGUUCUAGCUUGUUCCUGGUUAAAGUGCUUUUAGAAAAAUAUUGUGUAUAAAAACCCUCUUUACUAAUGUGUACAUAAUUGUUAAUUGCAAGUGUGUCCCCAGUGUGGGAAUCUGUUUCUAUAUUGCACGCAUUUUACUUUUUAAACUUUUUUAAAAGUGUUUUUGUAUUCAAAUGACUUGACAGCUAGUCCAUCGAAUGGCCUUGUGAUUAUUUUUUGUUGUAUUUCAUCAACAUGUUUAAUGGUUUACCAUUCUGCUCAGUUUUGUAUCAAUGUGUCAUCUGAUCAUGUAAAUAAUAUUGGUCUAUAUAAGUCUUUGGUCUGACUACAGGAUCUUGUUGUAUUUUAUAUUUUGCAUUGCAUCUGCAAUUAAUAAUUCAUAACAUUAAAACCAGUACUGUUUUAA